AUGCCAAAUAGUGUGGUUGAUUUUUGGCAUAUGGUUGUGCAAGAGGAAAGUGAUAGUAUCGUUAUGUUGACGAAUACUAUUGAGAAAGGUUUAAAUAAAUGUGAACAAUAUUGGCCUAAUGAUGCUGGACAGACGUCAUCAUAUGGUGAUAUUACUGUUUCAAAUAUCACGGUACGAGCAUUGGCACCAGAUGAAACAAAUGUGCGAGUUUGUUUAUUGAAGGUUCAAUGGAAGGAAAAUGGUCGAGAAAAAACCCGUGAGAUACGUCAUUAUCAAUGGAUUAAUUGGCCAGACCGUGGUGUGCCACCAUGUCGACUUACUUCUAUGGUACUUUUAUCAAAUAUUCGUGGUACCAAGAAGCCAAUUGUGGUACAUUGCUCAGCUGGUAUUGGUCGAACUGGUGCAAUUGUAGCAAUUGAAUAUAUUUUGGAGAAACUUCAACAAGGUAUCCCAUGCGAAUCAAUGGAUAAAAUUCUCAAAGAGCUACGAAAUCAGCGACCAUUUACAAUACAAAAUGAUAUGCAAUAUCUCUAUGUGCAUCGAGUGAUGUUAUUUUAUUUCAUUGAUAAAUAUAAAAUUUUUGCUGAUAAUGAAGAAGUAAUGACAAAAUAUAAGCAAUUUGUGGCUGAUUAUGAUAAAGUUACGGGAUGA